CUGUUUCCUCGGCACCACGCACGCCUCACGUCGUCUCGUCCGUAACUCGUGUGCUCGCGUCCUCCGUUCGCGUCACCGCGAGUCUCGUCACGCGGUUCUCGUCCUGCGCCCGUUUCGAUUUUUCCGCCGGGUCGUUGUUUUUUUUUUUUUUUUUCGCAACACUUUCCGCUUUCGUCGCACGGGGCAGUGUGUUCCGUCGGCCCACGUGGAGGACGUGCGUCAAAUCGGUCGGACAACCGGUCGUCUCCUUCCGCCGUUGCUGACAUUGGACGAAAUCAUCGUCAUCGCGUUACAUCGAAUACACACCACCUCUCCGCAACAAAAGGAUUACAGUGGAAAAUCCCGGAUGAUCAAACCCUCGCAGUAAUUUUUCUAAAAGAAGAAACGCCGAUCCUCGGGUGGUCCGAGGCUCUUGCAAGAACAACUAUUUAACAUUUAAAGGCAAGAAAACAGAGGCAAGAACGGUAACCAAUGGCGUACGCCAUACGACUUCUCGCCGCCAUGCCAAUCGUAGCUCUUGUGUUAUUACUAGCGACGGUUAAAGCCUGGAACUCUGCGAACACGAACACGUCUUUCAUUGAUGACUACGAAAACUCGUGGUCGCCCUGGUCCGAGUGGUCGUCGUGCUCGAGAACGUGCGACGGCGGGGCCACUUAUCAACUCCGACGGUGCAAUGCGGUGGCCGGCUGUAAAGGUCACCAUGUCAGAUACAAGAUCUGCAACAUGGAGCCCUGUCCCGACGGGUUGGACUUCCGCGCGGUGCAGUGUUCGGCGUAUGACGACCGACCGUACGACGGCGAGAACGUGGAAUGGCAUCCUUACUACGACGAGGAGAGCCCGUGCACGCUGAUGUGCGUGGACUCCAAGGGCCGAGUGGAGGAGAUGGCGCCCAGGGUGCGCGACGGGACCAGAUGCAGGCCGGGUUCAUUGGACAUGUGCAUCGACGGCGUGUGUCAGAGGGUCGGCUGCAAUUUGGAAAUCGGAUCGAAGGCCACCGUGGACGAGUGCGGCGUGUGCGGCGGAGAUGGGUCGUCGUGCUCCAAGGACCUUUACCACUGGGGCAAAAUGGGCACCGGGUGUUCGGUGUCUUGCGGCGGAGGAUACGAGAUGUCCAGGAUAAUCUGUCAGAACCGGGACACCGGCGUCGAAGUGGACGCUGACAUGUGCCCGGGCGAGAGGCCGAACGGCAGCGACAUAUCCGUGGAGUGCAACAGCCAACCGUGUCCACCCAAGUGGGUAGCCGACGACAACUGGAGUCCCUGUAGCAAAACAUGCGGAGGUGGAAUAAGGGUGCGACACGUUUAUUGUGUGGAAGAAACAAAUGGCACUAGAACAAAGGUAUGGCAUCACAUGUGCCACGGUCACAAACCGAAAAUACAGGAACAGUGCAACACUCAACCGUGCUACUCGGAAUGGGCGACCGGUGAAUGGUCCAAAUGUUCGGCGACGUGCGGCGAUGGACUGCAGAUCAGGAACAUCACGUGCCGAUCGAAACAGAAGUACUUGACUUGCGAUCCGAUGACGGAGCCCAGACGGACGAAGACUUGUUCGGCGAACGUCCCGUGCUUCCCGAUGGCGGACAACUUCGAGGCGGAAUCGAAUUUCCCUGAACCGUCCAAGUCUACGAGUUUUUCGCAGGCCCGCGCUCAGCGGUUGGUUGGCCAACAAAAGACGUCGCCGCACACACUGUUCGUCUCGGACAACUGGAGCCCGUGCAGCGUGACGUGCGGCGAAGGGAUCAGGACGAGAAAAGUGUACUGCAAGGCCCAUUUGGAUUACACGCAGAUCAUGACGAAGUUGACGGACGACGCGUGCGUCGGUCCGAAACCGCCCGAGGUCGAAAAAUGCUUCCCCAUGCCGUGCACGAUAAACAAAAUGUUUGAUCAAAACGAGCGGUCCAUCAGAGACGGGUACGCAGACGCGAGCUCCGAAGAUUUCAAUCCGCCGAAAGUGGCUCCCGGUUCGUUUGGUAAAACAUACUCUUGGAAAAGAGAAGGCUUUACGCAUUGCAGUGCUUCUUGUCUUGGAGGUGUCCAAGAGUCGCUGGUGCUGUGCGUCCGCGAGGAGGACAAGAAGAUCGUGUCGCCGUACCUGUGCGCCCGCGACGACCAGCCGGAGGUGCUGACGCAGACGUGCAACGAUCAGCCGUGCCCGCCCCGGUGGAACGCCAGCGAGUUCCAGCCGUGCUCGCAGAGCUGCGGCAUCGGGCUGCAGAUGCGCGAGGUGAACUGCAUACACGAGGUGACCGAGGGCAACACGGCGAUCGUGCCCAACAACAUGUGCCCGCAGCCGCCGCCCACGGACCGCAAGCAGUGCAACAUGAUCGACUGCCCCGCGGAAUGGCGCACGUCCGAAUGGUCCAAGUGCAGUAAAAAGUGUAACGGAGGCGUGAAAACGAGAGUUGUGGAGUGCGUGCAGAGGAUAGCUCACGGGCACAUUAUAAAUCGACCGGACUCGGAUUGCGGUACCGAGAAGCCGCUGGACAGCAGAUUGUGCAACCCGACCGUGUGCAGUUCGCAGGAAGCGAUUAUGGUAUCGGACGUGGCCCAGAAAUACGAACAGUCCACGCCCGAUGAAGAAGUCAUGCUAAAAGUCGGCGGCGAGGCGACCGUGUUCAGGGGAGUGGAGAUGAAAAUGAGGUGUCCCGUCGUCAACAAAAGGGGUAAAAUUCAAUGGUCCAAAGAUGGCCAGAUGUUACAGAACGGCAAGAAAGUGCGGAUAUCAAAAAAAGGCAUCCUCAAGAUUAGGGCAACCACGUACUCGGACCGAGGAACUUAUACUUGUAGCGCCGGAAACGCUCAAGCCACCAUGAGUAUUAACAUAAAACCCCAGCCAGGUGAAUUCCCGAGUUCGGAAGAAAUCGACAAGCCCCUCAAUCAACAAGAUCCAGGCAUGAACCCUUCGUACGCGAAUCCGCAAGGCAUAGAACCGUCGUUUGACAUCAGCCACGAGCGCAUCAAAGGUGAACACAAUCGCGAACAGAAACUACACAAACAACGGCAGAAAACUACCACUCAGUCCAUCGUGACGAGCACGGCAUCUUCUGAAAAGCACGUCGUUGAAACAGAGAAAAGUGCUAUAGACGUCUCCCCAAAACCCACCACUUCCGGAAGUUCACGAAACUUGCCUCACCUUCACAGUCUUCUUUUUAACCUCAAGGCUCUGUGGCCAUUUCAGGGAUUCAACGGCGUGAGCAACGCGCGUGUAAACAGAAUGUUUUUGGAAGAACCGGCGAACCCGGCAACCGGAAGUGAAACUACCACCGAAGAGGACAUGUUCGGCAAGCCCGUCGUGCUCGGAAAAGGCGACCGUAAGAGCGUGAAAUUCGAAUGGGUCAUCACGGAAUGGUCGGAGUGCUCACCGCCUUGCGGAGGAAACGGGUUCCAGAUGAGAGCCGCUCACUGCAUGGUCAAGCUGAACAACAUGACGCAGAGCGUGGACAACAACUUGUGCGAGGACGCGCGGCUGCCGACGCCCGUGACCAUACAGAAGUGCGAGACGGACGACUGCCCCCAGUGGACCGUCACCGAGUGGAAGCCGUGCGAGGAGUCCAAGUGUUUCACGUGGAACACGGCGAUGCAGAGACGGAACGUGUACUGUCAGAAUUCGGAUGGAACCACUAUAUCGGACGAGGCGUGCCACGGGAUCGAAAAGCCGGUGAACCGGAAAGAAUGCUACAACGAUCAGUGCAAAGGAACUUGGAAAGUAGGCGAAUGGUCCGAGUGCACGGCGUCGUGCGAAAAGGAUGGCUUGAGGUACAGGAUAUUGCAGUGCGUAUGGUACGGCACCAACAAACCGGCCGGGACCGCGUGUCGUGACCAGCCCAGGCCGCCGGUGAUGAAGACUUGCACCGGACCGCCGUGCGCACCAAAAGGCGAAUGUAAGGAUCACAGCAAGUCCAACUGCAAGAACAUAAAACAAAUGAACAUGUGUCACUUGCGUCAAUAUCAAACACAAUGUUGCCAUUCGUGUACAUGAUGUUGUAUUGCAACGAUAUAAUAUAUUCUCUCACCGUCGUCGUUUCAAUUUUAUUUUUCUAUUUUUCGUUUACUAUAUGUAUUUU